CAACGAACGUUGUCAAGACAGGAAGAACUUAAAGAACGAGCAAGAGUUCUGCUUGAGCAAGCAAGAAGAGAUGCAGCUUUAAAGGCAGGGAGCAAGCAACUAACCAAUACGAUCAUGCCAGCCCGCAAUAAGCAGCUGAAUGAUCAGCAAGAUGAAGAGCGGCGUCGGCAGCUGAGAGAGAGAGCUCGUCAGCUAAUAGCAGAAGCUCGAUCUGGAGUGAAGAUGUCAGAACUUCCUAGCUACAGUGAAAUGGCUGCAGAAAAGUUGAAAGAAAGGUCAAAGGCAUCUGGAGAUGAGGAUGAGGAUGAUGAUAAUAUUGAGAUAGAUACUAACGAGGAGGUUCCUGAAUGCUCUGUUACUGGAGUUGGAGAUGAGCUUACUAACCUAGAAAAUGACCUUGAUUCAAUGGCAGAACAAAACAGUAAGUUGGUGGAUUUGAAGCUGAAGAAGCUCCUAGAAGCUCAGCCACAGGUGGCAAAUUCAUUCUCCAGUGCUGCUCAGAAAGCUGUAACUGAUAGUUCAGAGCAAGACGUUAAGAACGGAACAGAGGAACAUCGUGCUGAGCGAUUACAAAAAGCAGCAGAGCGGUUUAGAAAUCCCGUUGUGUUCAGCAAGGACUCUACCGUCAGAAAAACUCAGCUCCAGUCUUUCAGUCAAUAUGUGGAGAGCAGACCAGAGAUGAAAAGGCAGAGAUCAAUACAGGAAGAUACAAAGAGAGGAAAUGAGGAGAAGGCUGCGAUAACUGAGACUCAGAGGAAGCCAUCAGAAGAUGAAGUGCUUAAUAAAGGGUUCAAAGACACCAGUCAGUAUGUUGUAGGAGAAUUGGCAGCACUAGAGAAUGAGCAAAAGCAAAUUGACACCCGUGCCGCGCUGGUGGAGAAGCGCCUUCGCUAUCUCAUGGACACAGGAAGAAACACUGAAGAAGAAGAAGCGAUGAUGCAGGAAUGGUUCAUGCUGGUUAAUAAGAAGAAUGCCUUAAUAAGACGAAUGAACCAGCUUUCUCUUCUGGAAAAAGAACAUGACCUAGAAAGGCGCUAUGAACAGCUGAACCGGGAGCUGAGAGCAAUGCUUGCUAUUGAAGGUAAGAGCAAUGCUCGAUAUGGUACCAAAGGAAGGAAAAUGCUUGCUGCCGAGGGUGGCUACCUGAAAGUACCAAAUGUGGAGGCUUUUCUGAAACCCAAUUAA